UUUCUCAACUUCAUCUUCAUCCAUAAGCACAUAAGUACAUAAAUAUAUAAUCUCUGGCAUAUCUUACACCUCCUGCUGGCCUCAAUCAAUCCAAUCAUCAUCUGCAUAUUCUCAGCUAGCAUACACUAGACCAGGUUGAGAAUUGAGAAUUAAAAGUCAUUGUGGAUAGAGGUGUUUUCGACGAUUGAACCUUGAAGAUGUCGAAUCAAGUGGUGAAGGUUAGAAGACAGACAAUUGCAGCUUGCAUGACAUGUUACCUUUGCAACAGGCUCUUCAGAGAGGCUACUACUAUUUCCGAAUGUCUACAUACAUUUUGUAGGAAAUGCAUAUACAAGAAGCUAUCAGAAGAGGACUCUCAAUGUUGCCCAAUAUGCAAAAUUGAAUUGGGUUGUGUCCCGAUGGAGAAGCUCAGGCCAGAUAAGAAUAUGCAUGCUGUCAGAGCGAAGACAUUUCCUUUUAAGAGGAGAAAGAAAAUGGCACUGAAGAGUGGAAAAUUAGUGUUGAUAU